GCUCAGUCUUAACGGCCUCAAACGCCACUCCAACAACCCGCUCCAAUCAAUUACGACACAGUCCACUGCUACUUGCCCAUCAAUUUCACCCUGAAUUUCCUGUUCUUCCUUGUCUUUAAUGACAGCUGCAGUCGUUCCCGGAUAUUCAGAUUGUUCAUUUUUAACCUUACUGAAAUGUACAACUGAUUCUUAUAUAUGUGACACGUCACAGUGCAGUAUUAAGCGCAAAGAAUGUGAGCCGAACAGCAGCUUUAGCGAGCGACCGGAAGCAGGAUGUGGCGCUGGGUGUCGGGCGUGUCGUCCUGGCUGUGGGCGCGGCCCGGUGGGCGGGCCAUCAUAGCGCUGGUCAGCGUGCUGUCGCUGACCUUCGUGCUGCUGCUCUACCGCUACAACGCCGCGCCGACCACCGUCUACGCCGCGGAUCUCCACGAAGCGGCCGCCCGGGUGGCUGCCCAUGCGCCGGCACACUCCGGCCGCGUGGCACGAGCCGACGGGCCAGACUUGCGACCGUUGUACGUGCAUUACGUGCGUUUCCGGCCGGACGACGGCAACCUGACGUUCCGCUUCCUGGAUUAUCUCAGUGUUAUGUCGGCGGUGCAGCGCUUGCAGCCGGACGGGAUUUUCGUCCACGGCGACUUUGAGCCAAUAGGUAUGUACUGGGACAUGUUGACAAAGAAAGGUCACAUCCAGCACCGGCCGCGCUCGGCGCCGACGGCGGCCGGUCAGCGCAUGGGGAAGCCGAAGGAGUUGGGCUGGAAGGAGCACGCCGCGGACAUGGUCAAGCUGGACGUGUUGCUGGAGUACGGCGGCGUGGCCGUGGACUUCGACGUGUUCUUCGUGCGCGGCGGCCGCAUCCGCGACAUCCUGCGGCGCUGGCGCGCCAUCACGUGCUACGGCGACGAGGACGGCUACAACAUCGGCUUCAUCGCGGGGUGGCCGGACGCCGCUCUGUUGUACGCCUGGCGCCGCAGCUACCAGGACAUCUACGUGAAGGACUGGAACUUCAACCAGGCCUUCGUCAGCAAGUACCUCUCGGUGCUGUACCGCGAGGAGACCUACGUGGCCAACCACGUCUGCAACAACCCGCACCCCUACAACCUCGCCGUCUAUUUCCACCAGCACCAGAAAAUCAACUGGACCAACUCGCUGGCCAUCCACUCCUACGAGCGCCACGGCGGCGUGCCGGUCCACUCCCCCGAUGACCUUUACACGCCGGGCCAACGGCUGACCACGCACAAGGAGUUGCUGCUGUACAUCCACGAGAACCGCACGCUGCCGCCCUACUGGGAGGCCUUCAACGACGAAAUGGACCCGCUCACCGAUAAACUCAAGCCACGCAACCGCCGUUGAAGGGAGGGCCAGUUUCCUACGGCCUAAUACUGUGACUGUGAUACUGCCGGAAGUUGAGUUAAAAAACCGGCACUGCCGGUGCCAGUCGGUGCUUUCCGUUUGAUUUUGUUAAUGUUGUUGAAUACCACUGGUCCACUGCUUAUAUGCUCAAUAUUGUACAAUGUUCGUUCUGAUGUUUCGACUACUUUUAUCCGAAUUAUUGCUGAACAGUAAAUUUGUCAUGAAUAA